UUUGUGAGAAAGUAUAUAGGUAUAAAGGUAUAAGUAUUUAUCUAUAACAGUGAACGGCUGUACUUGUAAAAUUUGUGUAUAAAGUGUUUUGAAUAUGAAUGAACAAAGUGCAUUUAUUAUUAAUGAAGAAAGUCACGAAAAAAUAGUGAAAGAAGAUGAAGAAGAAAAGCGUAAAGAGCUAGCAAGAAAAAAGACUAAUGCACGUCAAAGGGCAUAUUAUCAGCGUCAGAAAGAUUUGAAAAAAAAUGCAGGAUUAAUAAAAAAAACAGUACCAAAAUCAAAUGCUGAACGUCAAAGGAAAUUUCGUCAAAAAUUUCGUCAACAUAAUGCAGAAAAAUCUUACAUGGAUAUUGUUAGUGUCUCGUCAAGAAUGCCUGCACGGAGUACGUUACGCCGUCAGGCAAGAAAAAUAAUUUUUAAUGUGGCGAAUUAUAUGCAAAAGGAGAAAGACGAAGGGGUGCAUAAUGUAGCACAGGUGCAGCGCCGGACUGCCGAGGCUACGGGGGUGUCUAUACGCACCGUCUCCAACAUUCUGAGGGAAGCCAAAAAAGGCGACCCCAAUUCUGACUUCCGCACUCCAGGGAAGAACAGGAACAAGCCAAGCCCCAUUACCGGCAUUGAUGACUUCGACAAAGGCGUCAUUAAACGUUGCAUAUACACUUUCCAUGUCAAGGAAAAAGCUAUGCCCUCUAUAUCCCGGUUACUCACGAAACUGCAAACCGAAAUAAACUUUAAAGGCUCUGCGAGUAGCCUCAGCCGAAUUAUUAAAGAAUUAGGUUUUAAAAAGCGAAAAACCGAAAACAAUAAAAUGGUGUUUGUAGAGAGAACUGAUAUUAGACUAAAGAGAAUCGAAUAUCUUAAGCAAAUAAAGAAAUACAGGGAUGAAGGAAAGAAAAUUGUGUAUACAGCCGAAACAUCGGUUUGUCUGUCACAUCCAAAAGGCGUGGAGAAAUCUGAUGAUGUAGAUAAAAGUUUGAAAGGACAAAAAAUUGUUGCUAUCCAUGCAGGUUCUGAAGAUGGCUUUGUGGCGAAUGGCCUGUUAAUGUUUGUUAAAGCGGGGACAAAGUCUGACAAAGAUAACAUGAACUUCACCAAGUAUGAAACUUGGCUACGAACACAACUUAUACCUAAUUUACCUCCCAAUUCAGUUGUUGUUAUAGACAACGCACCCUAUCAUAACAAGCUGAGAGAUCCAGCUCCAGCCUCCUACUCUCGGAAAGAGGAUAUGGAAGCCUGGCUAACGGAAAAAGGCAUUCCGUAUGAAGAUAAUAUGCUGAAACCCGAGCUUUACCAAUUGAUAUGCCAGAAUAAAAGCGCCAGUAAGGAAUUCAUGAUUGACCAUAUAUUGGCAGAACAUAACCAUGUUGUUCUGCGUUCCCCACCUCAUCACCCAGAUUUAAGCCCCAUAGAGAUGGCUUGGGCUGCUGUCAAAGGUUACGUUACCUCUCGGAACGUCAACUUUGAUGCUGACCAGGCAAUGCAAUUCAUUGAGGAAAAAGUCAGUUCAAUGGGGCAAGAGGUCUGGAUGACCAUGUGCAAUCAAGUUAAGGAAAUUGAGGGUGAAUACUUAGCCAGUGACCAUGUAGUGGACAAUAUGACGGAAAGUCUGAUUAUUGACACCGAUGACAGUUCUGAAUCAGAAUAUGAGUCUGAAGACGAUGAUGAAGUGAUUUCAGACUAUAAUGAAAUGGAAGAUCCACUUGGGUUGAGCGAGGUUAAAGUAUCUGUAUCAAAAGAUAUUCAUAGUACUUCUAAAGUUAUUCAACCACCUGUAUUUCAAAUAAAUAAUAUUAAAAAGGAAAAGGUCGAUAUCCCACCUGCAUGCUCUAGUCGCUUGCGGAUGUUACUGGCUCCAGCUACAUGCACCGUGUAUAACCCUAAAGUAAGCUUUAUAUCUCAGGAAACAUCAAAUUUGUCCAGAAGUGCAGAAGGAACUACCUCAGAUAAUGUGUAUGAUGAACUAUUAGAAGUUAAACAAGAAUUUGAUGUGGAAAUACCAAGUUUGUCCAGAAGUGCAGAAGGAACUGCCUCAGAGAAUGUGUAUGAUGAACUAUUAGAAGUUAAACAAGAAUUUGAUGUGGAAACAUCAAGCUUGUCCAGAAGUGCAGAGGGAACUGCCUCGGAGAAUGUGUAUGAUGAACUAUUAGAAGUUAAACAAGAAUUUAAUAUGGAUAUAAAAGAAGAGCCUUGUUUCGAGGUUCCGAUCACAAAUAAUUUCACUGCUGAAGCUUGGCCACGUUAUAGUAUUCACACACACGAAGUUCAGAAUGACCCACUAGCAGAUCAUGCCGACAGCGUGCCAAGUUCCAGUGUGCCAGUUGUUCCCUCAUCUCAUCCGGUUUCGCAACCUGAGGAUGGACAGCCACCAACAAAACGUUUGAAAAAAGAAAUCACCACGCUCAACAUGUUGGAUCCCUGUGCGCACAUUCCUUCAACAUCCAGUACACCGAUGGAGACCGAGGAUGCUUUGCCGUCAACGUCUGCAAUACCCACCACUGCCGAAAAAAAUGCCCUGCGAAAUCGUGAGUACAGAAAACGUGUAGCAGCUACUAGAACCCCAGAACAGGCCGCGGCGUUUGCAAGAAAAGCCGCUGAAAGACAACGCAAAGCGUACCAUCUACGUAGAGCUGCAAAUUUAGCUCUCGCCAGCGGCACGGUGGCGACAACUAAAAUUGUACAAACCAGCGCUCAGCGAAAACGUGCAUCUCGACAGCGUCAAGCCGAACGAGUUAGGAGUGCUGCACAACCCAGUACUCCAUCGAAUCAAGCAGCAGUGACCUGGUCUACAAAAUGGUCUUCGUCAAUACAUCGAUUCAAAUCUACUUUCCUGGAUAACGAUUUUGGCCAUACUUGUUCGGUUUGCGAUAGAUUAUGGUUCAGAAAUGACCUUAAAGCCAUCACUGCUGCACAAAUGCAGAUAAUCUCAGAUUGGUGUGUUAAGGAAAAUCGGCAAGUACACGCCCAGGAAUUUACAUUGGUUUGCGCCAACUGUAAACGUUCGCUGAAUACAGGAAAGCUUCCGAGUCUUGCGAAGAUGAACGGCUUCACAUAUCCUGAGGUACCUCCAGGUCUACCGCCAUUGGAUCCAAUCAGUGAACGGUUGAUCUCACCACGUCUGCCAUUUAUGCAAAUACGUCGACUCCGUCAUGAUUUCUCAUAUGGGAUCAUUGGACAAGUGAUCAACGUUCCAGUCGACGUGCAAGAAAUGGUGAAAUGCUUACCUCGGCAACUGGAUGAGGACGAAGUAAUCAAUGUCAACAUAAAACGGAAUCUUGCGCACAAAACGAAUUACAUUAGCGGAUACACGUCUAAACGUACGAUCAAGGAAUGGUUGGAUGUACUUCAGAAGUCGAGCCUUUAUCGUUUAUACGAUAUCAAAGUAGAUUUGUCGAAGCUACAGCUUACAGUGUCAUCAGAAGAAAUCCUGCCGGAUGAACCUGGUCCUCGCAUCGAAGCAAUUUCUGCUGAAUAUACACCUGAAUCUGAAAUUCUUGCUGCUAGACAGCACACACUAUUGUGGAACGAAGAGGAUUGUCUUGACAUCGCACCAGGACAUUGGGCAACGGCUCUCAACAUCAUUUAUGACCGUCAUGCUGAAGAAUUAUCAUUUCCUGCAAUAUACUUCGGAGAACCACGUCGUUUCAACAUGGGAGUUACGGUGACACCUUAUAUGAUGGCGACCAGUGAAAUAAGACGAAGUGACAGACGCGGCGCCACGCCUCAAAAAAUUUUGUACGUUGCUAUGAAGAUCUUACGUCUACGCAUGGUGGAUGGAAUUUACAGCACGUUCCGGAAAGUGCCGGUUACAGAAAACGUAACUCGACGAAUGUUAGAAGACCCAGAAUUUCUUAAAGAAUUUGUUAUACAAAACCUUGCCUUUAUGAAAUCAGUGCCAAACUCCGUCCAGUACUGGACCUCUCGCAAACGGGAUCUCUUUGCUAUGCUCCGUCAACUUGGGAAGCCGACCAUCUUUCUCACUCUAAGUGCAAAUGAAGUACGCUGGUUGACAUUACUGAACUUACUCCUCAAAUUGAGUAAGAAAUAUCCUGGCAAAGUUGCUGAAGAUCUAAACACAUCAGAGCGGUGCAGCUUAGUGAGUGACGAUCCAGUCACGUGCUGCAUAUAUUUUCACAAACUUGUUGGUACAUUGAUGAACAUGUUGAAAGCGAAGUCGAAUUAUAAUCCGUUCGGCCAAUACUUUGUUAAGGAUUAUUUUCUUCGCAUUGAGUUCCAGCAUCGCGGAAGUCCCCACGCUCAUAUUUUACUGUGGUUGAACAACGACCCCCUCGAAACCGUUUCAGAAAAUAUGCCCAACACCAUCGAACUUGUGGAGAAACUAAGUUCAGUUGCAAAAGAAGAUGUGCCUAACGAUACCAUCUACUCCAACCAAAUACAUAAGCACACUUUCACCUGCACGAAACGAGGCGAAACGACUUGCAGAUUUGGAAUCCCGUACUGGCCAAUGUUGACUACCCGUGUAUUGGUACCAAUGCCAAAAACUGAUGGACGCCGCGUUGCAUUCCAGAAAAAGGGUAAAGAGCUACGAACUUCCCUUAGCGACCGUACAUAUGCUAGCAUGGACGACUUUUUGAGGGAUCAUAGUUUGACGUUCGAUACAUACCUCGACGUAGUGCGUUCAACUCUGCGCAGGCCAACAUUGUUGUUCAAACGCAACUUCGACCAACUGAUGACGAACACAUUCAACCCUUACCUUGCUGGUGAAAUUAAUUCCAACAUUGACAUCCAGUUUGUCUUAGAUGAUUAUAGCUGCGCACAGUACGUCGUGGAAUACGUUAACAAAUCGGCUCGCGGAAUGGGUAACUUGAAUCGAGAGCUGGUGAAAAUGAUGCAAGAGCAUCCUGACCGGGACUACACGGGCCAAUUGAAGGCUUUGAGUAUUAAACUUCUAAAUGCAGUUGAAAUGUCGGCCCAAGAAGCAGCGUGGUAUUUAUUGCGACAACCGAUGAGCGAAACAAGCCGUCAAGUCGUGUACAUACCAUCAGUAUGGCCAUCGGAGAGACAACGUUGCCGCAAACGUCGUGUACAAAUGAAUCGCGAAGGAAUUGAUGCUGACAGUACAGACGUAUGGACCAAAAAUGUCAUUCAGCGAUAUGAAGAACGACCUCCUUCCUUGGAACCUGUAUAUUUGGCCGAGUUUGCUUCGUGGUAUUUCAAACGUCAAGAUUUCAUCGACAAUGAAGACGACGUGGACGUGCAUGAGUAUGAAAAUUUGGAACCAGAGACCGAAGAAGAAACGACGUCAAGACAAUAUCGCAGACGACAGAUGGGACGGAUCAUACGAUACAGGCAUUACGAGGUAGAUGACAUUGUCAACUAUCAACGUGAGAUGGUGCUGCUGUAUCUGCCCUUCCGCAAUGAAUUAUCUGAAAUUGUUGAUUGCAAUAAAUUUCUACAAUUAUACAACGACAACAAGGAUGUCAUCAUGGAACGCCGUCAGAUAUACGAGAAAAAUCUUAACAUCGACAGUGUGCUACAGGAGCUUGAAGCAAUGAUGAUUCUGCAAAAUUCUAACAGCACAGAACCAGCGGAAACUGAGGCAAGGAGAGUGUCUGUCGAACAGUCUUCAGAAGGUGCCGAAAAUAACGAUGACGUGAAUCAAAUCGUUCCACGAGAAGGAUUUUCGGUUGUAAAGAACGUAGCAAUGUGAUGCCAAAAACAGAAGUACUGUGAGCUGAUUCGAACUACCAACCCUGAACAACGUGAGCUGAAAAUUACGUUGUAAUUCUGAGAGGAGCAAGAGGUUUUCCGGUUGCCCCACCAACGAAGUAAACACUGGUUCUAUAUGACUGAAACUGGUUAUAAUUGAUAGAAUACUAUAAUUUUCUUUAUGGUAAUGGACUGAAAAUAAUCACAAUAUUAUUAUCAAAUCGCGGUCCACGCGUGUUUGAGGCGAGGAAAAGAAAAAGAACUUUGUGUACAUUGUCACCCAUAGUCGACUUUGUGAAUUUUGAGCAAAUACUCUAGUGGGCAGAAUAUGGAUGUUUCUCACGACGGGAGUUGCUACAUCACCAACGCCUUCAACACUCUUCCCUGGAGUUACAUUAGGGAGGCACUCCGGUACCAUUUGUGACGGAUGUCUGUGAGCGGUGAUCGGGUGACUGAUCGUCCUUCCGUCUCCUAGGAGACAACGGGCCCGUGUUCUUCUACGUGCUCCGCAAGGAGAUUCAGUAAACCCCAGUGGGGCCCGCCAGUGCCAAGGCCUGCCGGGGCUGCGGGAUUGUUCGAGAGUUACCGCGGCCCUGGUACAUAACGGGCUUAAGAAGGAACAUGGUGGGUUUGAGUCAGGGAGGGUUUGACACUCCCUCACGCUGUACGCACAGCGGGAGGGGAGGUCAUUUGAUAUUUGACGAUUUUCCAUAAAAAUAUAGUACGAAACUAGGCGAGAAAAUACAAGAAAAUAACAUUUUAAUAAAAAUGUUAUUGUCAUUUUAAAGGAAUGCUGAAUAUGUAAGUAAAAUCUCAAUGGUCAAAUUAGUGUUGUGCAAGCCAAUUUUUUAUGUUAGAUAGUAUAGUUAUCGGCACGGAUAAUGAGCUCUCGGCGGAAGAGUGGGGAUCGCUUUGCGCACUGUACUCUUAAGGCAAUAAACCAAUAAAUCACUUCUGCGCAGGUGAAGGUCAGGGCUCAAUCAAUCAAUAUCCUUGCCGAUGAUUGUAGUAUUGUUUUUUUUUUUUUUUUAUGUAAAAUAGUUUUAAUGUAUUUUAGUUGAAAUUAUCCUUGUUUUAAUUUCAAAUUGUAAUAUAAUUAUAUUAUUAAGUAAGUUAAAAACAGUAUGUACAAUUUUCAUGUUUCAUGUUUUAUAUUAUAUUUUUAAGUGUUUAUUUGUAUGUAUGUAACUGUGCAUUGCAGCUAGUUAUAAGCAAACCCUAAUAUUUUUAAUUGUAAAUGUAAUUAUGGAAAACUAUUACAAACAUAUUUCACUAAUUUAAACAAAUUCAAAUAAAAUUAAAUGA